CAGGGAAGCAGUGCAGAGCUCACCUCUCCUGCCCAGAGCACCGCUGCUUCCAGCCCAUCCUCUGCCAGACUCAGCGACACAAUGCAGCGGCUGCAUCUUCUCUGCCUCAGUCUCCUGGUGCUGGGAUGUAUCCUGGAUGUGCACUGCGGCAACAACGUCCUGGACUGCUGCCUGCGGACGAGUGAUAAUCCCAUCCCACGGCGGAUCGUGCAGAGAUACCAGAUACAGCUGGUGCAGGACGGCUGUGAAAUCCCUGCCAACGUGUUCAUCACUGUGAAGGGCAAGCGCCUCUGUGCCCCGCUCGAAGCCCCAUGGGCGGUUCGCCUCCGAGAGAAGCUGGACACCGGCUCUGCCAGGAAGGUCCCAAAUAAAGGCAAUUAGGCUCUGAAGAAGCCCAUGGCCAGCCCCAGCACCUGGAGCAGGGCCAGCUCUCAGCUGUGAAUCUGAAGCUCAUGAAGCCAACUUGCUUCCACCUCCUACUACAGGGCAUGGGUCCAACCCUCCUCGGGACUCAUAUUAGUGCAUGGGGCUCGUCACAGCCCUGCUGCUCUCUUUUCUCCCCUCUGCCACCAGUGUGACUGAAAAACCUGCGUCAGGCUGAGCCGGGGGCUACUGGACCAGAGCCUCUGCUCCAAGGGUGCUUGGCAUCUCCACCACCCUUGCAGCCAGGAAGCUGGUUUGAUGGACUGAUCUGUGAGAUGAGUUUUGGGGAUCCCAGCCUUCCUCUGAGCACCAGUCUGUCCCCUUGGUUUCCAUCAUCAGCCUUGAGCCUGAGCCCUUCUGCAUCCCUGGGAAGGCCUGCGGGGAUGGGACUGUGCAGGGAUGGAGGGGAGGGAUAGGGCUGUUCUUCACCACCAUGUCAGUCCCAUGAGGUCCUCAGGGAACAGGACAGCUGAUGCGGUUCCUCUCUCAAGCCCUGACUGCCCUGCAGCUUUCCCCUUCCUGCCCUUCCCUGCCCAGGUGGAAGUGGAGCCAGUGCCAGCAUCCAUGGCAGAUGGGCAAAGGUUUGUCCCAGCCUGGCACUGCCGGCUGCUGUGGCAUAACUGGUGUCCGCUUGGCCAGGAUGGGCCAAGCUUACUCACAGGAUGGGAAUGGUGGAGGGUCCCUGCCCUUGUCAGGGACAUCGCCCUCCUUCUCAGUCCCCAAGCCUGCCACUGUAGUCAAAGCCUGCCUGGUGCUGCUGCCUGGGCAAGGAUGCAAGAGCAGUGCUCGCACUGUGCUCGGGUAUUUGCUGCUAGAUCUGCUCAGUGCAAAAAUUACGGGUGUUAGCUGCUUCUUUCCUUUCUUUUUUUUAUACUUUUUAUUUUUCUCUUUAUUUGUU